GGCUUUUUCCGCAGGAGCAUUCAAAAGAACAUGGUUUAUACAUGUCACCGAGAUAAGAACUGUGUUAUUAAUAAAGUCACUAGGAAUCGCUGCCAAUACUGCAGACUACAGAAGUGCUUUGAAGUGGGAAUGUCCAAAGAAUCUGUCAGAAAUGACAGGAACAAAAAGAAAAAGGAGCCUUUAAAGCAAGAGCUCUUGGAGAAUUAUGAAAUGACAGCAGAACUGGAUGAUCUCACUGAGAAAAUCAGAAAAUCUCACCAGGAAACAUUCCCUUCACUCUGCCAGCUAGGCAAAUAUACAACGAACUCUAGUGCGGAUCAUAGAGUUCGUCUGGACCUUGGGCUUUGGGACAAAUUCAGUGAACUUGCAACAAAGUGCAUUAUUAAAAUAGUGGAAUUUGCGAAACAAUUGCCUGGUUUCACAAGUUUGAGAAUUGCAGACCAGAUCACACUACUUAAGGCUGCUUGCUUGGACAUUUUGAUUCUCCGCAUUUGCACAAGAUACACCCCUGAACAAGACACAAUGACAUUUUCUGAUGGCCUUACGCUAAACCGAACUCAGAUGCAUAAUGCUGGAUUUGGUCCCCUGACAGAUCUUGUGUUCACAUUUGCCAAUCAGCUUCUGCCAUUGGAAAUGGAUGACACUGAAACUGGCCUGCUUAGUGCCAUCUGCUUAAUUUGUGGAGAUCGCCAGGACCUUGAAGAACCAGCAAAAGUAGAUGAACUACAGGAGCCAUUAUUAGAAGCUCUCAAAAUAUACAUCCGAAAAAGAAGACCCAACAAACCUCAUAUGUUUCCAAAGAUCUUAAUGAAAAUCACAGAUCUACGCAGUAUCAGUGCAAAAGGUGCUGAACGUGUUAUUACAUUGAAAAUGGAAAUCCCUGGAUCUAUGCCACCUCUUAUCCAGGAAAUGUUGGAGAACUCAGAAGGACAUGAACCAUUGACACCAAGCUCAACAGUGACAACAGCAGACCACAGUCCAAGUAUUUCCCCAAGCUUGGUAGAUAAUAGCAGUGUCAGUCAGUCUCCUUUGGUGCAGUAAGAAAUUUUCUCUAGUGAAAUUCCUAACUCUUAUGUACAAGGAUGACAUGGCAUAUUUUCUCUACGGCUGCUUAUUUUUCUGGAAUUUUACAGACACUACAAUCCAAAAGGACCAAGAAUUGUUUAUAUGUAUAUAUAUUGUGUGAAGGUAUGAGUAUGUUUAUACACAUAAAGAAGAAGAAUGUGCAGCUUAAUUUGAAACAUAAAUGUUCAGUACACUAAAAUUACAAUCAUGUUUGUGUGGGUGUGCGCAUACGCACGCACGCACACGCACACACACACACACAGAGUAAAUUCUAUUAUUUCUCUACAUUUGUAGGACUGUGCUCUGAAUCUCUGACUUCAUGAAAUAAACAAACUGAUAUGUUGCUAUUGCUUCUUUUGAAUGGCCACAAUUGCAAGUGACAAGAUUGAUCUUGAGGAGGUUUAAAAUUUGUGGUUAUACCAUUUCUGAUGACUUUGUACAUAUAAAAUAUAUGAAUGUGUACUUUCUAUCCUGGAUGUUUGAUGCUUUCCCUUUUUAAAUGUGUACAUGAAAUGCCCCAAACUUUCCUUAGAAAUGGAUAACAUAUUUGUCUGGAUAAAAAACAUUUUAAAAGACACAGUC